AUGUCAGUCGAUUUCGUCGAGGGUCACAAACACAAGUCAUUACUAUCUCUCACCAACAUCCUCAUCGACAUGGCUUUGAUAUCGGACCAGCCACCAUCUGAAGACGGAGACCAGUCGCCUCCCGCAACCACCACGGCCCUGGCCGCGCCCAACCCUGCAACAUCCGACCGCGUUCUGUUGGAUCACCGUUACUUCCCCCACAUCAUCGACCUCAUGUUAGAUAUGACGACCCACUCAACGCUUCUUGUUUGUGCAAAGGUCUGUCGAAGCUGGAAGCUGAAGGCGGAAUGGCGACUCGCCAAGCACGUAUCAGUAUUUCGUGCACUGAACUGCUCUACGGGGGAGUACGAAUAUGUCUUCAAGAGCCGAGACUUCAAUGAUGCCCAUGGCUCGGUCGAACUCUGGCGGAACACACGUAGCGGUGAGCACGACAACUGCCAAAUGUCUCUAUCCGAGAUCUUUCGGUGUGCGACUGCUCUUGAUAUCUACGAGCUCCCCGUGAAUCAAUUCGAACUUGACGGUGACGUGGAAAUUUGGCCUUUGACUUUCGCCAGAAUUUUCAGUGAUAGAGAAGAGCAGGCUCCCCUUGACUGGAUUGAAGAACGCGAACUUUACAUCAAAUACAGCAACCCAUGCGAGCUGGUCUGCUUUGUCCAAGUACAGGAUGGGCACUUCUACGGUUCAGAUGUGCCGACCCACUCCGUUCGCGAGCUUACUCUCAACGUCGUCUGCCACUCCAACCCUGCGACCAUCCCAGCACCGAUGUGUCUAGCACGAGCAAUGAUGUUCAUGGGCUCUGUUCCGAGCUCAACCGAUGUCGAGCAGUUCACCAUUAUUUUACACGAUGCUCGGGAGACCCGGGCUAUGGAACCGUUCCUCGGCGACUGCGCUUGUUGUCCACUGGAAGAGGAAGAAUAUUUAGACCAUCUGGAUGACGAUCUGAGCCUCUCCAGGUGCGGGUGCUUGGGCGGCUUGCUGCUUAGUUGCCUAGGUCUGACGGACAAAGUGAAGAGCAUCACAGUAGUGGGCGCUGCCUCUUUCGUGCCAGAAGCUGAUUGGCCAUCCUAUCAUCAGCAGUUGGGUGAUGGCGUCGACGAGGCGAUGGAGUACUUCGGGGACGCCCUCCGGUUGAAAGGAUUGAUGCGCUUUUGCUCCCACGAAGCGUACAAAGCUGAGGUUGGAGAGGACCGCUAUCAGAGUCUUACAGUUCAGUGA